CUGUCGAGAUAUAAAAUAAUCUUUUCCCCUUCUUUUUCUCGGCUGUAAUUGCUGCGCUAGAGAGAGAGAGAGAGAGAGAGCUGUGUGUAUGGCGAGCUCCGGCGACGCCGCCGUGGCGCGUGAGGGCGCGGAGGGCGGCGGGGACAACAACUCGUCGGCCGAGCUGUACGAGUCGGAGAGGGGCGAGCAGAGUGGCUUCGGCGGGGGCGGGGGAGGGGGCGGCGGCGCGGGGAACCGGUGGCCGAGGCAAGAGACGCUGGCCCUCCUGAAGAUUCGUUCGGACAUGGACGCCGUUUUUCGCGACGCGAGCGUCAAGGGUCCCUUGUGGGAAGAAGUUUCCAGGAAGCUAGGAGAGCUUGGGUUUCAUCGAAGUGCCAAGAAAUGCAAGGAGAAAUUCGAGAACGUGUACAAGUACCACAAGCGCACCAAGGACGGUCGGACCGGCAAGCACGAGAAGAAGACCUACCGCUUCUUCGACCAGCUGGAGGCUCUGGAGAACCUGUCCCCUUCACCUUGCAUCCCUCCGCCGCCACCUCAGAUGGCCGCCGCCGCCGCGAGCACCGCCGGUCCACCCUUCACUGUUACAUCGGUUACAACCCAUCAUCACAUCACCAUGCCGCAAUUCAAUGUGCCACCGCCCACUGCAAUAGUUCCUCCUGCGGCGGUUCCUUCUUUGGCCACAAAUGUUGCUGCAAACCCGGCCCGGGGCAGCGGGGUAGCAUCAUCUGCGCUCCCUAACAUGCCUGGGGAUUUGGGCAUCUCAGAUGCUUCCGUGCCCUCGUCUUCCUCCACUUCGUCGGAUGAGGAAUUGGGGCGGCCGCCGCGGCGAGGGACGAAGCGGAAGUGGAGGGGCUUCUUCGAGCGGCUGACGAAGGAGGUGAUGGACAAGCAGGAGGCGAUGCACAGGAAGUUCCUGGAGGUGAUCGAGAAGCGUGAGCAUGAGAGGAUGGCCCGGGAGGAGGCCUGGAGGGUGCAAGAAAUAGCCAGGAUCAGCCGGGAGCGCGAGAUCCUCGCGCAGGAGCGGUCUGCAGCGGCGGCUAAGGAUGCAGCUGUGAUGUCGUUCUUGCAGAAGAUUGCUGAGCAACAAAUCCCGGGCAAAGCCCAAGCUAAUCCGUCGCCAACUCCACUGCAGCCUCAACAGCCAGUGCGGCAGGUGCCGAACCUGUCACCGCCGCAGCCUGUACCGGCCCCGACUACGACACCAGGAGAAAUCAUCAGGUAUUCCCAGGCACAGUCACCGGCGGUGACCACGGAAAUCCAUCGAAGCACGAAUAAUGGCGACAACCAAGCCCCACCGAGCUCCUCAAGGUGGCCAAAAGUGGAGGUUGAGGCGCUGAUCAAGCUGCGGAGCAACCUCGAGUCCAAGUACCAGGAGAACGGGCCGAAGGGGCCCUUGUGGGAGGAGAUCUCGGAAGCCAUGAGGAAGCUCGGAUACAACCGGAGUUCUAAGCGGUGCAAGGAGAAGUGGGAGAACAUCAACAAGUACUUCAAGAAGGUGAAGGAGUCCAACAAGCAAAGGCCUGAGGACUCCAAGACCUGCCCCUACUUCCACCAGCUUGACGCCCUCUACAAAGAGAAGAGCUACAAGUUCGAGGCGUUGGCGAGCCAAUUACUAAAGCCCGAGAGCUCAAUGGCGCCGCUAAUGGUGAUGCCGGAGCAGCAAUGGCCUCCUCCCCCAGCGGAGCGGCGGGUGGUGGACUCGACGGCUGAGGACAUGGACAGCGACCGCAACCACGAUGAGGAAGAGGGCGAUGAGGACGACGAGGAGGAAGGUGACUAUGAGGUCGUGGCAAACAAACCAUCUUCAGCAGGGGCGAAUAGUGAGGACACACAUGAUUGUUAGCAAACCGUGCAGUUCAGGUCAUUUCGGGGGUCGGGUCGAGUCGGGUCGUGCCGGAGAGUUAGGGGUGGGGGAGCGGGUCCGACCGGCGGCGACCAAUCAAGGUGAAGGGAUGAAUUUAAAACGCCAAAUCACAUGGGCUGGGGUGGGGGGUUUGUAGCAUAUGGUCAAGUGGGGUUUACAUCUUUUAUUUGUUUGAUUUUAUAACGAUUAAUUUAUUUUGUACCCAAGUAAUAAAAAAAAAUUGUGGGAGGUAAAGUGAGGUGUUGAGGUUCUUCACAAGGGAUUAGUAAAAUAAACAAAUUAGAGAGAGAGAGAGAGAGAGAGAGACGUUUUUCAGAUGAUGUUCCAAAAAUUCAGGUUGAGUGUAUAUUUGAACCAAUACAAAUGUUCGGUCUGAUUGCUGUUGUUUC